CACAUCUAUGGAAAAUACUCUUAAUGGAUUCAUUCCUUUAAUUAGAUUUUAUCAUAUGUCUUCAGAAGAUUUUCUUGAUAAAGUAUAUCCUUUUAAAGCAUCACUACCUGAAGAUUUAAUUAAUAGCAUACUUGCAUUUCAUAUGAAGAAACAAACCGUUGAUAUGCAACCUCCUAGAAAAUUAAAAUCUUCUUAUGAUUCAAUUAUAAUUGAACCUCAACAUUUUGCUAUUUUUUCUAAUUGGAUCGAUAAAAUUGAUAAAAGGGAUAAUUCUUAUUAUAAUAUAAGAAAUAUUCCUUAUGAUUUCAAAUUAAUUUAUCGUGCUAGUAGGGAUGGUGAUACAACUGAAGCAUUUCAUUCUAAAUGUGAUAACAAAGGAGCUACUUUAAUAGUAGCAAAAAUAAAAAAUUCUAAACAGAUAAUUGGAGGAUAUAAUCCAUUAUCUUGGAAUUCAGAAAAUAAAUAUAUGUCAACUUUCGAUAGUUUCAUAUUCUCUUUUAUAAACAAAGAUUAUCUUCAAAGUGCUAAAGUAGGUUAUAGUAAUGGUAAUUCAAGAUCUAUUGGUAAUUAUUUAUCAUAUGGUCCAAUAUUUGGUAGUGGUAACGAUUUACGUUUUUAUAAUGGUAUAUGGUAUAGUGAUAAUAUAGGUUCUUAUCCUAAAAUAGGUAUACCAAGAAAGUUUAAAACGGAUGAUUAUGAAGUUUUUCACGUUAUUAAAAAUGGUCAUAGUUAGUACAUAUAUUGGAGGGUUCGUUGUAUCAAGGGCCGUAAAUUGUGACAUAAAUCAUUUUGAACAUUUACUAUUAUUAUCUAAAAUCAUUCACAAUCUUCAGUAUGAACCGAACUUUGAUAUAUGAAAAUAAAAGGGUUUACUGUAUGCAGUAAAAUAUUUAUUAUAUAUUCACUUUUUUCAAGUAAAUAACGCGCAAUACUUAAC